AUGUCCGUCUCAGCAGCCUCCAUCCCCGACACCUCGCUUGGCCUCACCUCCUCCGAGAUCCAGAUCCUCCGACAGCAACAGCAGAUCGCCCUGCAGGGCCAUGCCGGCAAUGGGGUCUCCAGGGGCCGUGGAACAGGGAGAACAAGCAACUCCAGCUCGCGGGCCACCAGCGCCGCCAGCAGUCAGGGCCGCUUGCUGCUCGAUCCCCUGAGUCUGCGCGCUCUGUCGCACCAGCUGGACGGUCUGCAGGCUCAGAUCCGCGGCCGCAUCGAAUAUCUAGAGGAACAGAUGCAGCUCUCCAUCCAAAACAGCUACGACCGCGCCGGAAAUGUCAUCCGUAAUGCCGAUGCGGAGAUUGCCCGCACUCGCUCGAUCCUCGCCAACAUCGACGAGCUGGAUAAUGAGUUGGCCAAGAUCUCGCAUAUUCGCGAUAUCGUCAAGUCCUUCCGGGGGCGCAUCGAGACCCUCGACCACCGCAUGGAUCAGACUUCUCGUCGGCGGCGCUAA